UCGCUGCGUUUUUCUGUCUCUUUCAGUGCCAUCUCCAUUUCGGUCCGUAUCCGCUGCACUUCGCGAAAGGCGAUUCCGGCCCACCUCUUUCCCGUGGCCCUACCAAAAAAAGGUAAAGGCACUCAACGAACGGCUCGAUUAUGAGUGGCACCUACGUCGAAGAGUACUUCAUCAACCACAUCGUCGCCCUGGUGCAAGAAAAUGGUCCUCUACCCAUCACAACGCUGGGCCAGCUGCUAAACAAGCGCCUCGGCUCCUCGGCCGGCGUCGUCAUCAAAAAGGAAUUCAAAGGACUAAAAAAUCUGCUCGCAAAACACAAGGACAUGUUUCGAAUACGCGGCAAAAUUCCCCAACUCAUCCUGGACCUCAACCAGGCAUAUCUAGACAGCAAACUCAACAAGGAGAACACCUAUACGUCCGAUUUAGCUAACCCCUUGCCCGCCGCUUCCAACCCACCACCUAGCGCGGCACCUCCUCCUUCCAGCCACACAGACGGCAGCGAGGGUAGUUCAGCCCCCGUCAACAGAGACCCGUUAGAAGAAUACCUCAGAAGCUUUGGCGCGAUCGUCCGCGCGGAUUCCAUUAACUCCCUCUCGGCCUUGCUUAAGGUGGCCGACUCCCCGCGCGCCACGGAACUCGGGGAAAUUGUCGCGUCCAGCUCGACCAAAGAAAGUCUGGAUGCUCACAUAGAGGAAAAAAUUGAAUCUUACAUAAAUCACCAUUUUUGGAAUCAAAUUGUUUUGAGGCACUUGCUCGUUUGUGCCAACUAUGUCAACAAAAACUAUAGGGCGACAGUGAGCAGUCAAAUCUCACUUUUUACUUUUUACCAAAACAAACUGAGAGAAGGAGAUUCACUGAAUUUUUCACUUCCUAUAUGGUCUGUUCUUAUAUUGGACUUGCGAAAACUUUCUCUGUGGUCCGACAGAUCCAUGCAAGCUGCGGGACAGCCCACCGAGAGCUGCCUGAAUCUCGCGACGGCGGCAUUGAAUGAAUCGCUCUGCUUCGUGUCUGGACGAGCACCUGCGCAACGUCAAUUGGGCGCCCUAGCCGUGACCAACGCUUUAUUUAGAAUCUAUUUUCAUCUCAACACGACCAAGCUGUGCGACACUGUCGUGGACACCAUCAACCGCCUCCCGAGUCUCGAAACCUACCCCGUCUCGCACUACGUCACUUGCAAGUUCUUCCGAGGCAAGUACCGACUGUACUCCGGCAACUACGUCCAGGCGUCCAACGACCUCACGUCCGCCUUCGAAAAGUGCUCCAGAAAGUACAUGAAAAACAGACGCGUGAUCCUGACCUACCUGGUCCCCGUCAAGCUGCUCCUGGGCAGCUUUCCCACGCGCGAGACGCUUCAAAAGUACGACCUCAUGCAGUUCCUGAAUAUAUCUCUGGCUGUGAAAAGCGGUAACUUGAGGGAAUUCGAAAAAGCCAUCGAGGAGAACGAGAAGUUCAUAGAGCGGGGAAUAUACCUGGUCCUGCGACGUGUGAUCGUCAUACUCUAUAGAAACCUGCUUAAGAAGGUUUACUUGUUGAGCAACAAAAACGAAAAGAUCCUCAUCAGCACCUUCCAAGCCGCGCUUCAGUGGCAGGGCAUGGACCUGGACCUGGACGAAGCCCAGUGCAUCAUCGCCAACUUGAUAGCGGAAAAGUACAUCAGGGGCUACAUCUCUCAAAAGGCGAGGACUCUAGUGCUGUCGACAACGAAUGCAUUCGUCAAGAAUUGGGCGCAGUAGUGGGCGCCUCGCGACGUCGAAGUAGCGCGUUUGUUCCACGCUGAACGCAUUGAACCGCCAAGUUUGUCUGAGCGAGAUUCCGCUUCAUUUUUUUUUUUUUUUGUUCAGCAAAAACGAGCAGCAGGAGAGGAAAAAAAAAAUCGAGGCCCCACUUCGUCCGCCGCGAGGCGAACGCGCCGACUCGACUCGAGGCGCGCCCGUGCGUAGGCGACAGCGGCGUGCCGUCGCCGGAAUCCCCUCGGAUCGAGGAGAGGGGAGGUUUCGGCGGCCUUUGAGUUUUUCCUCAAUUCUUGCGCGGAUUUGUCGCCUCUGAAAUUUUAUUUUUUUCAGAGCCCAGUUCUAGACCGGAGCACGCGUCCACUAACAACUAUGUUCAACCGAUCCGUCUUGCUUCUCUGCGUAGCUUUUGUUCUUUUCUAUGCGGUUCUGUUGGGAACUGCCGCUGGUGAGGACUGGCCCUCGGAGAAGGACACGCCGAUCAUCAUCGACUUUCCGUGCGGCAGUCACGGCAAGUACGCAUACAACGCGUGUCAAUGCGAUCCUGGGUGGUAUGGAAGUACCUGUGACACGUUCGUCAAUGAGCUGUCCUUCGGCCAGCUGUACAGUUCCACGUCUUCGGAUUCGAAGUGGGAUUACUGGGUGUUCGACGCGAAUAAAAUCAUAGAGCAGGAAAUCGUGUUUGAGGUCAAGCAACAACAGACAGACUCUGCUGGUUCGGGAGACUGUGACACGUACAUUUUGCGAAAUGCCCUGCCAAACUUUUAUGUGUACGAUUAUCGCGAUACGUCGAUUCGCCCCGUCGCGACGUACAGCGUGAAAAACCCCUCUGGGAAGUACUUCGUCGGCGUGACCGGCUUUCUGAAGUGCAAGUACACCAUCGUCGUCAGCUCCUCGGUCGCCUGCGCCAACAACUGCUCGGGACAUGGCACGUGCAAAGACGGUGCGUGUGUGUGCGACAAGCCCUGGCAAGGCGAGUACUGCAACAUGAACGUGAGUCCCAUUUACCUCAACAAGGAGACCCAGGUCGAAACCUCCGUCACGUGGAACUACUUCCAGCUAGAACUCAAGCAAGGCGUCACCUACAACUUGAAGAUUCAGGCCGGCUUGCGCGGAAACGAAACUGUUCAAUUUGGCAUCUACUCGAGGUUCGGCCAACUACCUACCCUUGAGCACUUCGACGGCUACGAAGUCAGCCAGACGGGCAAGAAAAUCAUCACGACCAUGCACGCCGAGAGCAAGGGAGACCUGUUCCUUGCCCUAAAUAUCUUCAACGGAUUCGGAAAAUCACACACAUUUUUUAUUUCCGUCUCCUCUGAAAACACCUGCACCAACAUGUGUUCGAGACACGGCAUGUGCCUAACCGGCGAAUGUGUGUGCGACAUAAAUUACAGCGGGGAGUACUGCAACGUCUACGACCUGCCCAUAGUCCCCCAAAAACCACAUAGAGGCUACGUCUCUCUGGGCAACUGGAACUACUACGCAUUCGUCUCCUUUUCACCCCACCCCGUCGAAAUCAAAAUAUCGCCCAUCCUCAAAUCAGAGAAAGUCGUAGAGUACUCCAUCUUCCUAUCGAACCGUUCGAAGCCCACCUACUCCGCCUUCGACCAGCAAGCGACCCUCCGCACCAACGAUUCCGGUCUGUUUGUUCUGUCCAAUCCGGGCGUCUCCGCCUGGUGGAUCGGCAUCGUCUCCGACGGCGCCUUAGAAUACGACAUCACCCUCUCGUACGGCAGCGUCAACUGCCACAACAACGGCGUCUGGGACCCCUACCAAGGCAUCUGCAAAUGCACCGAAGGCUGGACCGAUCCGCUGUGCAGCACCAAAAUCAUCGAAAUCAAAAACAAACAAUCCAUCAACUCCUCCUUCGUCAAGUCGGGCGAACAACAACUGUACAAACUCACCGUCUUCCCCAGUUCAACUCCCGUCGUCACCAUCUAUUACCACCAGCUAGACUGUCUCCUUUUCUGUGCGCCGCGCAUGCUCGUCUCCAUCGACAAAAUCCCGUCCAUCACAGAUAACCAAGCACACGUCUCGGGCCUUCUAACCAGCUCCUACCAAGUCCUCACCAUCCGAACGGGACUCGUCGCCUCCAACUACCCUCCCGACAAACCCGUAGACGUUUUCAUCCUCGUCUACUCAGACUACCUCUCCCGCUUCUUCAGCAACUCCUAUACGCUCUCCGUAUGGUACCCCCCCCUGUGAUGGCAUUCUUGCAACCGUGUAAGAAAUUAAAAAAACACAUUCUUUCUUGUAA